GAUGAGCGAAGAAUAUUUAGGCGAAAGCGAGAGGAGGGGCGGGGGGGAGCGCGGGGCAGGAAGAGUACCUCGGCCAAGAAAAUUAUGCAUGCGUUAGGCAAGCUCUGAGAGAAUGGCUGUGGAAGCUCUCCACUGUGGUUUGAAUCCACGGGGUAUCGAUCACCCUGCCCAUGCUGAAGGAAUUAAGCUGAAAAUUGAAGGUGAAGGUGUAGAAUCUCAAUCCAUUAAAAACAAAAAUUUCCAGAAGGUGCCUGACCAAAAAGGAACCCCCAAGAGACUGCUGGGAGAAGCUGAGACAGCAAAGUCAGCCACGGUGAAGCUGUCAAAACCAGUGGCCCUGUGGACCCAGCAGGAUGUCUGCAAGUGGUUGAAGAAGCACUGUCCAAAUCAGUAUCAGAUCUACAGUGAGUCAUUCAAACAACAUGACAUAACUGGGCGAGCCCUGCUGAGACUCACCGACAAGAAGCUGGAACGCAUGGGGAUCGCCCAGGAGAACCAGCGACAGCACAUCCUGCAGCAGGUGCUCCAACUGAAGGUGCGGGAAGAAGUCAGAAACCUGCAGUUACUCACACAAGAUGCUGGAGGCCAGUGGUGAUUGACCAGAAGAAAGGGAGCUGUACCCUGGAACUUCUGAAUCGCCUCAGCGGAGGGUUCUCCAUAAACAUGUCAGCCUUGCAAGCUGCUGUCCUGCCAGUGGGCAUGAGCAUGGCCUGUUCCCCAGAGAAAGACUUACUCAUGGCACUGCCAGAAGAGAUCCUUGGAGCACUGACAGAGUCGCUGGAUUAACUGAGAAAAUGCCUAUUCGGUCAAGAUUAUGAAGUUUGGGAGGAAAAACAUCUUGGUUUGCAGGGGAUUUUCAAAUGAGGUGCAUAACAUACAGUGCCAACUCGUUCCAAGUGGUCAUUGGCAGACCAUUAGCUGGAAAAUUGCUUCCAGUUUUCAUCACUGUGCAUAACUCAAGUUCCCCCCUUGGGCUCUGUCUGUGCCCUUCACUAGACGUCCUGUUUUAGCAUGGCAACUACUGGAUUAUUUCAUUAAGUGUGCAGAUGGCAUGAUGUUUUAGAAAAAAAAUACAGGCGUUCUGCAGUCUCAGUGGAAGGGUUCACAAUAUUAUACCCUGGUAGGAAUGUAAACGUGUCUUGAUAUUGUGUUAGUUACCAUGUCCAAAGGUGUUCUGUCGAAUGCUAACGCACUUUAUAUGAGAACACUACACUGAGAUGAAAUAGCACAUUUGAUACACGUAGGAAAACAAACGUCUUCUCUUUUCUUUAUAAAUCUUGUCUUAUUUCUGGCUCAGACUGUCCAAGACAAAGUCCACUCCUAGUGUCCUCCCACUUGUCUGUGGUUCAUCAGUGUAAAUAUGGCCACAAUACUGUUAGAUUUCACUUGCUGACACUUUACUGGAUAACCAGAUUACUUAGAGCACAAAGGGAAGUAGAAGUUAGCAAGCCUGGGGACUGAACUAUUGCAAGUCUUGGUUCAUUGUACCCAGGCACAACUUGACACAUGACAUCAUGACACUCUGUACAGCCUACUUCUCUUUGGCCGAUGCAUACAUACUCUUCUAUAUAGGAGAUCUUCCAAACACAAAGACCAUGGUGGGUUGAUGCCAAGGGCAGCAGAAUGCAACCUUCCUUAGUGGUCCCACUUCUGCCCUUAGGAAAACUUCCAGAGGUCAAGUUUAAAUCACAGUUCUGGAGAGAAGCAUCAAAUGACCCCCACUGUGUGCCUAGAGAAGUAAAGCAUUCAGCCCACACUAGGUUUCUUCCUCAGCAUAGAACUUACUCUUCCCCUUUAAUACUACCUGGAUGUAUAUAUGACUUUUUUAAAUUCUGUCUAACAACAAAGCACAGCCCUGGGAAACCUGUCCAGUCAGUGGUUGCUUACCUGAACACUGGAGAACUGUUCAUUGAUAUUGAUUGCCCCCUUAUGAUACAUUAGCAUCUUUUCCCUGGAAAUUGAACCUUGGCUGGAUCAAACCUCAGCAAAGUGUGUUAUGAGCACUCACUAACCUAACCUGAGACCAAUAGGCAUCAGAGACUAAUAUUUAAAAUAGAGGUAACAACUUCUGGUACCCGUCCAGAGAAAGCAAGCCAGACAUUUUACAUUGUCUCCCAACACUCAUUCUCUGUCUCCGCUUGAAGUCUCAGGAAGUGGAGAGCCCCGAAUGUGAUACAAACAGGAUAUCUCUCCACAGGAUGGCUCCUGUCAGAUGUGGACUAGAAAGGGACCUCCUGAUAGGAACUCAGAGUAAUGAGAGCUAACAUGAAGUCUGGACUUUUCACAGAUCACCACAGAUCAUAAUUAUCUAAAAAGCUGAAAUUGGUAAUCCAAACCCAGGCUGCCAAUACCCCUGCUCUAUGACCCAUCCUUUUGCCUUAGUUCUAGAAGCAGGGUCUAUGCAUUCCCUCAUUCUUUCUUUUCAUUCAGCAAGCAUCUGUAAAAGGACCGCCAUGUGCCAAGAACUGUAUUGGGUCAACUCUAGUAUAUAAGGCACACUCCUACUGCUUCCAUUGAAUGGGUUUUUUUUUCUCUUCAACACUACUCUCUUCCCACAGUACAAACUGAAUUGAGAUAUCCACACCCACCCACCCACCCUCACCUUACCAGAGAAACAAAGGAAAAUGUUCAUGACAGACAGCAGGCAGAUCCCAUUUCUGAAUGAGUGAGCAGCUUGGGAACACAUACAGAACCUUGCUAGACAGCCAGCUAAGUUGAUCCAAGCUUCCCACAGCAGCUCCCAGUUGCUAUCCUCGAUGCCCACCCUGGUCUAUUUCCAUCCUUCCUGUAGAUACUACUGUUUAUCACUAUGCUCAAUUCUCUGAAAUGCCAAUUCUAUAACUACUCCUAAAGACCCUGAAUUGGUUCUAAUGAAUCCUAUAAACCCUGUCAGGUGCUGGGAUAUUGUAGCUGAGAAUAAACUGGUGUAAUCCGUGAUAUUCCUGCUAAAACCCUUGGAGAACUAGAUGCCCAUUCUAGGACAGAUGUCCACUAAAUGAUCAUGGACUAUUGUCGUUUUGGCUUUUGCAAAACAAUCUGAAUGACUUUUUUUUAAAGUUGCCUCUUUUUUUUGAGUCACAGGAAUACUGUAACAUUAUGGAAAGAUAAUGGUUAAAGAUGAAAAUGGAAAAAUGGAAAAUGAAGGCCCUGAAAGAGCCCAGUUGAAAAUGGUGUCUCUUAAAAAUGCCUUAAUGUCUGGCACAACCCACAUAUUUGCAUAUGAGCCCGUACUGUUUUCCAAACUGUCAGCCUCUGUUUGAAACAGUUAUAGGUUUGGAAACAUGGUGGCAUGACAUCUGUGCAUGCACAAGCAAAACCAGAAAAAAAAAUGGAGAAAUGAUUUCAUUCACAGCCUUCGGCUACCUUGUGUGGUGACCCUCUGUGAGAUUGCCCCAUGGUUACUUCUUGCUCUGUUGUGUGUGUUUGGGGUGGGGAGUUGGGUGUGCAAUUUUAUCUUCCAGAAACCCAGGCAUAUCUGUGGUGGGUUAUGUUUUGUAGGACAGGAGAUAUGGGGAGCUAAGGGAUAAAUGUUUUAAUAUCUAAUGAUUGAGGCUUUAAUUUUUCCUUUUUCUUAAACCUGGACUACCCUUUUUACUAAAAGGCUGACACUCACACUUAUGCAGGAAAAGCACUCUUGGGAAUGAACUGAAAUGAAUAAUUAUCAGAUUCUCCAGGGUGCUGAGGGGAAUAGCUCGGUUCACAUCCAAAAUCAAGUUUAAGUAUGCAGAGCACCAUGGUUCUGCUGGGGUCGAAAGCAAUUCGUGCCAGUAGCUUGAAACUUGCCUAGGACGGAUAGGGACCCCAUCAACUUUCUUUAUGGGACGUGGCUCACCUUCAAAUCCCUGUGCUUGCUCCGUGACAUGUAUACCCAGUAUUUCAAUUUCUACCUCCACAAUACGGGUAAAGAUGCCAGGUUCUCUCCAGAGUCAUUCUGCAGCUGCCCAAACAGAGGCAUACAAUCCUCAGUACUGAGGAGAACGUGCCAUUUUUAACACUCAAUGGGGAGAGGGAAGAUGAAGGAUGACUGUGAAUAUAAACUAAGGAUGAGAACCUCUAAUGGAUCCACCUCACACACCCUAAAUGUUUUCUUUGUCUGCAAAUGUCACGUAAUUAGUUUUGGAUAGCAAAAAUAAAAGUCUCAAGGAAGUAAAGUUUUCAAGGCACCCCUAAGAUGUUUUUUUAAUCCAAACCUCUCCCCCACACAUUAGCAGCUUCAUUCUUUUCAAUGUUUUCUUCCAUCUUCUUUAGAGUAAUUUUGCUACUUGACAACUAGACUUAAAGUUGCCAUAGACUUAAAAAUCAAAUCUCUGAAAGUGACAAAAAUUCCUUUAUUCUUUAAAGGCUGUUGUUAUUCAUCCCAUCUUCUCCAACCCCCUCCAUCCCACUUUUUGCUUUAUUUUAUGUGUGUGUGAUUUUUUUCUUUCUUCUCACCUCUUUCUUUCGCAUAGUGCUAUAGAUAUAUUUCAAGUAUUCUAUAAAGAACUCAAAUAGAACCACAGAGCCCUCACCAGUUUUUUCCCCUUCCUGACUAAAAAAUUGAGCCUUAAGCUUGACCUUGAUGCAGCCCAAGCAGCAGUGGGACCCCCAUUUUCAUCUCCAGAAAGUCACUGGUCAGUGGUGAUCAUUCGAACAAAGCCAGCGGGAUUAUAGAGGAGGGCAGGCCGGGAAACAUAUCUAGUUGAGCAGAGCUGAGGACUCUAUUUCAAAGACAAGCAAGCCUCCAACUCAAUCUCCUUAGAUCCGGGUCUAAUCCUAGAGCCAGAGCAUGGUACUGUGAACUCUGUUUUAUCAAUAGACAGAACUGGGGGCUUAAAGGUAAAUGAAGACUGAUUCAGUUAUGUUCCUCUGAUGAUGUCUGUUACCUGGAAUACAGAAUAGACUUGGAAAGCUAUGAGUGAGGUGAAAAAAAUAAAAGACUAAGUGUGCCUUUGUGAAGGUGGCUACAGGGUCAAUAUCCAUGGUGAUGCCUUCUGUCCAUCACUUCAGUUUCAGAGGCACAAUCCUGGAUGAGGAAGUAGGAAGGGACAAGAGCUGUUUCUAUCUAAACUCUAAAAUGUACCCCAUGAAAUUUAGGUGCCGAAAUGAAAAAGAGAAAGACCAUCAGGCAUGGACCAGCUCUGGUCCUCUGCUUCACAUCAAAUGACAAAGCAAUGACUUCUAUGGAGUAGUGAAACCUGGUCACUCAAGGUUUUAUAAAACUGUUUCAUUUACCAUAUAAGGCUACUUAAGAACCAUAAGCACCAAAGAAUUCUCCCAUCUGAACCCCCUUUCAUACUUAUUUCAAGCAUUAAAGACAACAACAAUCUAUACUGGCUGCCAUUUAAAAGUCACUGGUGACAGGACUCUUGCUGAUUCACAAAGCCAACAGACAGAAUGAUACCAAACAAACGUUGUUGGUCUUUUGACAUUCCUUCCAAUCACAUAACAUUUUCAAAUUUUGGAGCUAAUGGUUUGGGGGAUUUGUGUCAAUCAGUUGUUUUAUUGCUGUUUUCCAAACCCCAGAAAUUUCCAGUACCAUAAAACGGAUCUUAGAACUGGACCUUUCUGCCCAAAGUGUCUGGUGUUGGCAUAUCAGCUCUGCUGAAAUGCUAAGAAAUGUAUUGAGCUGGGCAAUGGUGACACAUGCCUUUAAUCCUAGCAUCAGGAGGCAGAAGCAGGUGGAUCUCUGAAUUUGAGGCCAGCCUGGUCUACAGAGCAAGUUCUGGGACAGCCAGAGCUACACAGAGAAACUCCCUGUCUUGAAAAACCAAAAGAAGAAAGAAAGAAAGAAACUUCACCCAACUAGGAGGUACUCAUGCCUAGAGUAACUAACUGAAACACUGGAGAGUGCUGGUUACCUGCCGCCAUGUUCACAACCUUUUAGAAUUCAAUCAUUUGGAUCAAAGGAAAUAAAUAAUUGAAUCACACAGUUCUUUCCAUAUUAGUAUAGACAUAGUUAUCAAAUGUAGAAUUCCAGUGUUAAGUGUUUUGAAAGAACACACAAAUCUGUUUUGUGAUGUUUCAUUUAAUCACUACCACACCAUCUCAAGUUCUACAAAAAUAUAUUAAAAUACUCCACGCUGAAACAAAACUCUAUAGCAAGAAUUCUUAUUAUAGUAGAUCAUUAUUUCACCUGGGAAGGAGAAACUAAUUUUGCCUCCAAUUCAAUACCUUGGGCACUUUAGAGGUUGUUUCUAUCCCACUUACAAACGGAGCAUGCUCUGCUGGCAUCUCCUGAGAAGUGACCACAACUUCUAAAACAGCACAAGGACCAUAAAGACCUUUUAAGUACACUAGCUAUACUCCAUGUUCAAACUUAAAUACAAAACUAGGGCUUGGAAUUUCAGUGUUGUUACGGGUUUGAAGAUUGUUAAAUCAAAGCCAACCACAUUGGGAGCUGACCACAGACUCAGGAGGUUUUGGGCAAUUCCCUGUCUGGAUCCCAUGCAGUUAACUCAAGAUAAGCAUGUGUUUCCUCACAUAUCAGCUGCAGAAGUGAAGCAUGUGCCAGUUCUCAAAAGGCCUUUGGUGGAGCUGGAGAUAUUAUUAAUUUGGUAGUGUUAUUAAUUUGGUAGCAUGCACAAAGGCCUAAGUUGGAUCCCUAACACCACCUAAACCAGGUAGAGCAGUGCAUGCCUGUCAUGCCACCACUGGAGAGAAAGAGGCAAGGGAGGACCAAGAGUUCAAGGUCAUCCUGGACUGCAUCACAAUUUUGAGACUAAUCUGGACUGCAUGAGAUCCUGUCUUGAUAAAUUAAUCAAUUGAAAAGACCCCUGGUUACUGACAGAAACCUUGAAGGUCGUGUUAGUUGCUGAUGGCUAUUUAUGUUCAAAUUGCUAGAACCUUGUUUUCAUCCUUGUUUGUCUGGGGUUUUUUUGUUUUGUUUUUGGUUUUUUGUUGUUAUUAUUGUUUGUUUUUUAACAGUGCUGGGAAUUGAAUCCAGGGCCUCUGGCAUGCUAAGCCAAGGGUUCUACUCAUGAGUCACAUCCCCAGGGCCAUCUUUUUCAUGCUUAGCCCACUCCUACCUCAGAUCACCAGCAACAGAAGUCUUAGCUUCUGGAAGGGUGUUGACCCCAUACUUGUGCUUGCACUCACACUGGGCAAUGGUGGGGCUCUGCAUCGUUCACCCCCUUCGUCUCCCAGCCGAAAGCAUUGUCCUAAAAAUGCCAUGCUGCAGGACGCUGGGGAUUGGCUAGUAGAAGACGCUCACGUUGCAGAGAACUGAGUAAGACCGGGUCCCUUCAUUUGCACUGUCCAUCUCAGUGGUGAUGAGAGCAGAAGCCUGUCUGCCGAGAAGCCAAGGCAGAGCAAAUGUUCUGAAACUAAUUCGACUACAGCUCUUGCACCACUAAACCACACGACUGUAGUUCUAGUUAAUCCAACUGUUUAAUGUUAUUAGGCACUAAGUUAAAUAGCUUUACACGAAAUUUUAGAAAAGAUCAAUAUUGUAACAAAAUUACAGAUUAGCAGUAAAAAGCACCUGAGAAAAGAAACUAUCGAUCUGUUGUAGUUUAUAUACUUACGUUAUUCUUAGGACUUUGUAAGAGAUUGGCGCUUCACUGAUAAAGGGAAAGAAACUGUUCGGGAUUCAAGAAUGGUGGUAUAACAGCAAUUUCUGGGGGCUUUGGGCCUUAAUCUUUCUGGGAUGCUCUGUGUCCCUCAGCAGACAGGGUUGUUUGAAGACUAGAAGGGGCUAAUGGGUAAAGUUGUCCCAUACCACAUAUUUAUGAAUAAUUGUCAUGGCAAACUGGGUUAUGGGCUUUGUUAAUGAUACUGUUCCUCAUUUUUGAGGUUUUUUUUUUCUUCAAAAACUAUUAUUACCAAGCCUCCACUCUGAGAUUAAAAGAAGAAAAGGAAAUAUGAGAAAGUAAUACAUGGUAUUUUACAUAUGUGUGUGAACACACAUACACACAAAUGGUUGGACACACAGACUCACACACAAACACACAUAGACACACACAGAGACAUGCACACAGAUACACACACACACACACACACACACACACACACACACACACAUGCUUUUUCUGAGAUACAGGAGAUGUUCUCCAGAGCUUUCAGUGGCAGCAUCCACUUAUCUCCCCUCCCCCUCUCCAAGGUUCAGAGAACAGUGACCUACCCAGAGAUGAGUACAGGCAAAGAUUCCCAACCUUCAGCCUGAACAAGGCCACAGAGCAUGUGCAGUUCCCAAGCUGGGGGCAUCAAGAAUUACAUAGGCAAGGCAGACUUCCUUGAUCAAGUGCUAUUGCAUGUUAGUAUUUGUUCUAGAAAAGAAAUAAGAAAAAAAAUCAUUUGAUAUAGAUUAAACAGAGCAGCAAUGCGCUCUGCAGACUCUGAGGGGGCGGAGGGUGUAGUUCCAUGAUGGAAUGUCUGCCUAACAUAUGUAAGGACCCAUGUUCAACCUCCAGCACCACAAAAAUGAAAAGAAGAAAAAUAACUCUCCCCCAAAAUAACAAAGUCUGAGGGAAGAUCAGAUUAGGGAAAAAAAAAAAAAGACUGGUUCAUUCUUUGACCAGCGUGUCUAAAAAGCACAUUUCAUAACAUAGUAGUCUAUGGAGACUGUAGACAUUAUAGCUUCCUUAAGUGCACAGUGAACACAGCGGUCUUAAUUGUGUUGGUCUCCCAAGACUGGUUCAUUAAAUAGGAAUUUCCCUUAUCUAUUACCCACAAUUGCUCUGCUUUUUUCUUCCUUUUCUUUUGUUCACUUGUUUCUUCUCUUUUCUUUUUCACUCCAGAAAGUAUUCCAGGCCCAGAGUUAGAAAAACACAUGAAGUUAUGUGGCAUAAACAAGAGUGCCUUUCCCGUUGGAAGUCCACCUUCCUGGGCUCCACGGUACCAGAUGUUUAGAAACAUUUCUCCUCUAAACACAAGAAUCAUUGUGCACCACAAUUUUGAGCCACUGACUUACAUAUCUUGAGCAGCUACCAACUUGCCAAUUCCCUUUGGGUCUCCUUUAUAUUUUCUUAGAAUAUUUCUUUCUAUUUUGGGUUUUCUUCAUGAAGACUGGGAAGGGGCAUGAUUCUUUUUAAAUUGAUAAAAAAUAAAAAUAAAACUGUACAGAUUUCUGCCCACUCGUAUUCGUGAGCAUGAUCUCUAUCAGGCUUGAAAACCGGCUUUAUCAUUUUGUAUAUUUGACUAUUUUGUAUUCGGCAUUAUUUGAGUCCUUAUGUGCAUGGCAAUGUAUUAAAAUGUGGGAUUUCUA